AUGUCCGCCCAACGCGAAUCAUACGACUUUCCCGACACUCCUACCAAAGGCGGUGGAAUGGCCAUGCCCCUUAACUCUGGUAUUUCCACUGGAUCAGGAAUGAUGUGGACUCCUAGUGGACCGGUGUUACAGAUGGAAAAUGGUAUUGUCGAAACAGUAGUCACCCAUGUCAGUCGAACCACCACCACUUAUGCUCCAAUACCUCUCCCACAUAUUCCCUCUCCAGAGAAAAUUGGCCUUCCUAGUCGACUCGACAAAGAAAUGUAUCCUCUGGCUGAAGAACCCACUCCGGACGAUCUGAGAUAUUUCGCUCUCAAUCUCGGUGGCAAACGUGUCGUACUUUCUGAAGAAGGCCUUCCUCCCUCUUCCACCCACAUAGGAGGUGGUCAAGGUCCGGGAUGGGUGAGAGCUGUGGGUGCCUCGACUGAUCAAGCGGAACGUGUAAACCUCACUCAAGCUUUAGCUCGUGCGAAAGGGAAAGAACGUAAACGACCACACGAAAGUCGACCUGGUAGUCGGAAUAGUGUCACUGAGAUAUCCAUGUCCGUUCCUACACCUGUCACCACAGAAACCAGUUCUCGUCAACGACACAGUCCCCCUCGAAAGAAAAUCCGAGGAUUAGAAGAUCUUUCCAUUCCUAAAAACCGAGACAAUGCUUUAUUAUCCCCACUUCCUUCUCCAGAUCAUGAAACAGGUCCAUCAGCUUCGAAUCACAGUCCUAGUGGUAUGACUCCCACCAUCGGAACAGGUCUAGAAAUGUCAGCUCUGUUUUCUCUCCCUGCCGUCAUUGCGCAUUUCGAUUCUCUUCCUGAUAAACUUCAACAACACGUUCUCAUGCAUCUUUUCCGACGUUCUCGUAUGCCUACCAUUCAACGUCUUUCAGCAUUCGCUUCCGUCGCUCUCAAAAGAGACUUCAUAACACAUUUACCUCAUGAAGUAGCCGUGCAAAUUCUGAAAAAAGUAGACACUCGUUCUCUCGCUUCAGCCGUCAGAGUCAGUAAAAGUUGGCAACAAAUGAUCGACACAGAACGUAUAGUUUGGCGUCAAAGACUUAUAGAUGAUGGUCUUUGGUAUGGUCUAGGAGUGGAAGAAGAAGAUGAAGCUUCUGUUCAACGUCGAUAUGAAGCAUUAGAUUAUAAAAUCGAAUUAUCAAGAAAUGGUAAAGCUGGUACUCCAAGUGAAGAUGAAAUAUCUUUACCGAUAAAUCAUCAACAACCUCAACGUUCAGUUCCUUUAAAACAUGUUUAUAGAAGAAGAUAUACAAGUCAUAAAAAUUGGUUGACCGCAAGACCUGAACAUAGUUCUUUUGCUGGUCACGGUACGAACGUUGUAACUUGUUUACAAUUUGAUAGAGAUAAAAUUGUCAGUGCUUCAGAUGAUCAUUCGAUAAAUAUUUAUGAUACUUCAACUGGACAAUUAAGAAAACGUUUAGAUGGACAUGAAGGUGGUGUUUGGGCAUUAGAAUAUAAAAAUGAUACUUUGGUAAGUGGUAGUACGGAUAGAACGGUCAGGGUUUGGGAUUUAGAAUCUUUACAAGAGUCUCAUGUUUUUCAUGGUCAUACAAGUACAGUGAGAUGUUUACAAAUCGUUGAACCUGUUUUUGAACCUACUUCUGGAGAAUAUCAACCACCUUAUCCUAUGAUCGUCACUGGUUCGAGGGAUUCUACUUUGAGAGUUUGGAAAUUACCUAAAAAAGGUGAACCUUCUUAUGUUAGACCGGUAUCCGCAGAAAACGAUACUGCCGAUCCAAGUUCCAUACCACCUGAAGAAAACCCUUUUCAUCUUCAUUGUCUCGACGGACAUACUUCUGCCGUUAGAGCUUUGGCUGCUCAUGGUAGGAUCUGCGUUUCGGGGUCUUAUGAUAAAGAUGUCAGAGUGUGGGAUAUAGUAAAAGGGACUUGUAUACAUGUUUUGAAGGGACAUGAACAGAAAGUCUACUCCAUCGUCUACGACCGUCACCGUAACCGAUGUGCUUCAGGUUCCAUGGACAACACCGUCAAAGUAUGGGAUGUCCUCACCGGCGAAUGUCUCCACACUCUCACCGGUCACACUUCCUUAGUCGGUCUUUUAGGUGCUUCACCCAAUUUCCUAGUAUCAGCAGCAGCCGAUGCUUCUCUCCGUAUAUGGGAUGCCAACACUCAUGAACUCAAACACGUCCUCGCUUCCCACGGAGGAGCCAUCACUUGUUUUCAACAUGACGAAACGAAAGUAGUUUCCGGAUCCGAUGGUACCCUCAAAUUAUGGGACAUUCAAUCAGGUCAUUACGUUCGUGAUCUAGUCAUUGGGAUUUCAUCCGUUUGGCAAGUAGCUUUCAACGGUUCUUUAUUGGUUGCAGCAUCGAACAGAGGUGGAUCGACAGUUUUCGACGUUUUCGAUUUCGGUGCACCUUCCGAUCCUUCAGGUGUUGAUGAUGAUUCAUUAGAUACUUUGAAAAGACCACCUUGGGAAAGAGAUAACCCAAGAGAACCGCAUACUUAUCAAGGUGACGAUAUGGAAAUUGAUAAAGAAGCCUCAAAGAUUAUUCCUUCCAGUUCUCAACAUUUGAACCCAAUUUCGACCCCACAUCAUUUGAAUUCACCUUUUUCAAAUUCGAAUAUAAUCACAAAUGAAGGAAAUGGAAAUGGACAUGGACAAUAUCCUCAUUCACCUUCCAACAUGACACAACAUCCUCAACCUGUAUUUGAUCAUUCGAGCGCUACCGAACAAUCAGAUGAUUCAAGACCAAGAGGUAAAAUCAUCAGAUCAGCCGUUAGAAGAAGUGCUAGGUUAGGACAUGGAAGUACAGAUUGGACAAUGGGAUUCGGAGGUCCUAUACCUGGAAACUUGAAUUUCGAACCUUACAUGCCCGGUUUACCAGGUUCGUUACCACCUCUUAAUAACGCUGGACCAUCGAAUCAUGCUGGACCAUCUAAUCAUGCGGGACCUUCGAACCAUGCUAGUACUUCAGUUGCUGGUGGGAUGGAAGGAAGAUCAAGUUUCGCACCGAUUUUCGAUGAAGAAAUGGGGUCUGGGAAAGAGGAGGAAUAAUGAUGUAUUGGCUUGUUCCCACCUUGUUUUCCAUUAUAACUUGGGUGAAUGUCGUAGGGCGCCUGUAAUUAUUCGAUGAGAUUCUAUCCAUCCGAGAUGAGGAAGAGGGGAGAGUGGAGGGGAGCGGGGAAGCAAGAAGUGAUGAUGCAUACAGGAAAAGGCUCAGGAAAUUCAUCGGUGCGGUCCAUGUUGAGAAUAGAAUGAACACUUUCAAGUACAGUCGACUUUGGGAAAGGAAAGUGAAUGAAAGAUUCCAUGUAAGGUAUACAAGGGGGUGAUUGACUUAGGGCAUGCCUCGGGGGUGGGAGGUAAGGAGGGAAGAAGAAGGUAGUUACAUGUUUUGGCACGUUUUGCAAAAGCAUUGAAAAUGUAUUAUACAUGUAUCAUCC